AUGGCGGUGCUUUAUCUGUCACCUGAGAUCGGGGUGUCUGUCUCCUGGCACAAAUGUGACACCUGUUGCAGGAGAAACAGGCCCUGGCAGCUGGCACCCUGGGAGGAGAGGUCUGGCCAGGAGCAGGAGGAGUUCACUUAUCAGAGGGCAAGAUAUGGCAGCUGGAGAGAACUGGCCAAGGCUCUGGCCAGCAGGAACAUUCCAGCUGUGGAUCCAAAUCUCCAGUUUUAUCAUCCCCAGAGGCUGGGCCCCAAGGACCAAGAUGUGGAUGGAGGUGGGAGUGGUAACAACAGCUACCUGAGGUGGAAUAAGCCCGUCCCUUGGCUCUCAGAGUUCCGCGGCCGCGCCAACCUGCACGUGUUCGAGGACUGGUGCGGCAGUUCCGUUCAGCAGCUCAGGAGGAACCUCCACUUCCCACUGUACCCCCAUAUUCGCACAACCCUGAGGAAGCUGGCCGUGUCCCCCAAAUGGACCAACUAUGGCCUCCGCAUCUUUGGCUACCUGCACCCCUUCACCGAUGGGAAGAUCCAGUUUGCCAUUGCUGCAGAUGACAACGCUGAGUUCUGGCUCAGCCGGGACGACCAGGUGUCAGGCCUUCAGCUGCUGGCCAGUGUGGGCAAGACUGGAAAAGAGUGGACCGCCCCUGGAGAGUUUGGGAAAUUUCAGAGCCAAAUUUCCAAGCCAGUGAGCCUGGCGGCCUCCCGGAGGUACUACUUUGAGGUGCUGCACAAGCAGAACGACAAGGGCACAGAUCAUGUGGAAGUUGCGUGGCGACGGAAUGACCCCGGAGCCAAGUUCACCAUUAUUGACUCCCGUUCCCUGUCCCUCUUCACAAAUGAGACCGUCCUAAGGAUGGAUGAUGUGGGCCAUAUCCCUCAGACAGCAGCCAGCCAUGCAGGCUCCCGAGACUCUCUUCCCAGAGAGGAGCCACCCCUCGCAGACAUGCUGCGGCCUGACCCUCGGGACACCCUCUAUCGAGUGCCUCUGAUCCCCAAGACUCAUCUCCGCCACGUCCUGCCCGAUUGUCCCUACAAACCCAGCUACCUGGUGGAUGGGCUCCCCCUGCAGCGCUACCAGGGACUCCGCUUUGUUCAUCUGUCCUUUGUUUACCCUAAUGACUAUACCCGCCUGAGCCACAUGGAGACUCAUAAUAAAUGCUUCUACCAGGAAAACUCCUACUACCAGGACAGGUUCGGCUUUCAGGAGUACAUCAAGAUUGACCAGCCUGAGAAGCAGGGGCUGGAGCAGCCAGGUUUUGAGGAAAGCCUUCUAGAAGAAUCCCAGUAUGGAGAAGCGGCAGAGGAGACCCUUGCCUCCAAUGUCCAGAACACCAGGAUGACAGAGGGAAGACAAGUGCCUACCUUUCUCCCUGGGCAGGGUGUCACCGACUACCGCCUCCGGGGCCUGCGGAAGCUCCUGGCUCAGCCCCAGGAGCGUCUGCUGGCAUCCUUUUCCAAGGAGAACUCCACAGCUCCCUUCCCUGGGAGGACCAACGAUGUCCCAGUCCAGCAACCAAAGAAGAGGGAGCAAAGACCCAGCGCUGAGCCCAGCCAAGAUCCACCUCACUCUGAGAAGUGGCCCCCAGGGCAUCUGGCAGGGAAACUGCCUCCCAUCAAGGGGCCCAGGCCCACUGGUGACAGUCCCAGGAAGACUCUAGGGCAGUCCCAGUGGCUGAAUCAAGUUGAGACAUACAUCGCAGAGCAGAGAAGGGGAGACAGGAUGGAGCCCCCAGCCCCCAGGAGGGGUUGGCAUGGCGAGGAAGACGUCGUGGUAGCUGCAGGCCAGGAAGGACAGGUGGAGGGAGAAGAAGAGGGGGAGGAAGAGGAAGAGGAAGAGGAUAUGAGUGAGGUGUUCGAAUAUGUGCCUAUGUUUGACCCAGUGGUAAACUGGGACCAGACCUUCAGUGCUCGGAACCUUGACUUCCAAGCCCUGCGGACCGACUGGAUCGAUCUGAACUGUAACACGUCUGGCAACCUGCUGCUUCCAGAGCAGGAGGCUCUCGAGGUCACACGGGUCUUCCUGAGGAAGCUCAGCCAGAGGAGCCGGGGAAAGUACCAGCUACAGCGCAUCGUGAAUGUGGAGAAGCGCCAGGACCGGCUACGCGGGGGUCGCUACCUCCUGGAGCUUGAGCUGCUGGAACGAGGCCAGCGCCCAGUGCGACUCUCCGAGUAUGUGUCUACACGAGGCUGGCAGGGCAUCGAUCCAGCUGGUGGGGAAGAGGUCGAGGCCCGGAACCUGCAGGGCCUGGUUUGGGGCUCACACAACCGCCGGAGACAUGUCUUGAAUGUCCGGGCCCCAGAGCCCAAACUGUGUUGGCCCCAGGGCUUCUCCUGGAAUCACCGAGCCGUGGUCCACUUCGUUGUGCCUGUGAAAAACCAGGCGCGCUGGGUGCAGCAGUUUAUCAGAGACAUGGAAAGGCUGUUCCAGGCCACCAGUGACCCACACUUCAAUAUCAUCAUCACUGACUACAGCAGCGAGGACAUGGACGUCGAGAUGGCCCUAAAGAGGUCCAAGCUGCGGAGCUACCAGUACAUGAAGCUGAGUGGAAACUUCGAGCGCUCGGCUGGGCUUCAGGCCGGCAUAGACCUGGUGAAGGACCCGCACAGCAUCAUCUUCCUCUGUGACCUCCACAUCCACUUCCCAGCUGGAGUCAUCGACACCAUCCGGAAGCACUGUGUGGAGGGCAAGAUGGCCUUCGCCCCCAUGGUGAUGAGGCUGCAUUGCGGGGCCACCCCCCAGUGGCCUGAGGGCUACUGGGAGGUGAAUGGGUUUGGACUGCUCGGCAUCUACAAGUCAGACCUGGACAGAAUCGGGGGCAUGAACACCAAGGAGUUCCGAGAUCGCUGGGGCGGGGAAGACUGGGAGCUGCUGGACAGGAUCCUCCAAGCGGGCCUGGAAGUGGAACGUCUCUCCCUCAGGAAUUUCUUCCAUCACUUCCAUUCCAAGCGAGGCAUGUGGAACCGCCGCCAGAUGAAGAUGCCGUGAUCCCGAGGGGCGGCCUGCUGGACUGACUGCUUCCUGCUCCUUGACCUGUUCUCGCUCCCCGGUGUCCCUGCUCAGCAUUGAGGAGGAGGGGGAAGGGGGGCAGAAGCCAUGGCGGGGUCCUGAGAGGCCUCAGAGCUAACACCAUCACUCCACCAGAGCUGUCGCCUCACGCAGAUAGCUGCCGAGGCCCCUCUCUCUACCCUUGGGGCCCCUGAAGGGAGGACCUUGGGAGAGGGACCAGAAGGGGCCGUUGACUCAGUUGACGGAGGUGGACCGGCUCCUGGGAAAGGAGACACAGUUCAGUCAAGGAAGGAAAGACCUGUUUGAGCGCUACUGACCCAUCCGUGCGGUGCAUUCCGGCACCCCCAGGCCCCUCCGGGGAGUAGUGACCAUGACCAGGAAGCUCUUCUCCUGGACAUAUUUUAUCGGGGUUUCUAUUUUUGUAACAGAAAACCAGAACUGUACUUGUCCAGAGCCAGCCUGGACUAUGAGAGAAGGAUGGAGUCAUGCAUUUAGGGCAUGUCCCCACUUGCAUACCUCAGACCCACUCCUGUGCAGCGCGACGUGCCCCUCAGUCCUUGACCCGGCAGCUGAUUUAUAACCAGAGGAGCUGGCCCAGCACGGAUCCGUUCUCAGCUCUACCCCCGGCUCGGAUCCGUUCUCAGCUCUACCCCCGGCUCGGAUCCGUUCUCAGCUCUACCCCCGGCUCGUGCCUUCCAGAGACACGCACAUCUCUCCCAGGGAGCCGCUGGCCACCAAUUAGGGCAUUAACCUUACCCUGCCGGCGGCACUAACCCCAGCCCGACCGGAAGCACAGACUGGCAUCAUCUUCACGAUGCGCGGUGGGGUUGGGAGGCAGCUGGUGGGCAGUGGGCUCGUCACUCCCCCCGUGUCCGGCAUAAAGGCGGCGCAGGACGGGAGCUGUGGGGAAGGAGGGAGAGCAGCCCCGGCUUGGCUCGGCCCGCCUGUAGCCUAAAGCCUUGGGGAGGAUAGGAAGCAGAGAGGAAAGAGGAUAGAGCUAUAACAAGGCUGUGGGCUUAGAUGGGAAGAGGGGGUGGGCGUCCAGCCGGAAGGGAGGAAAGGGAAGUGGAAAACUUGAGUCCCCACAACCCUGCUCACCCACAGACUUGCCCUCCUGCGGGGAGAUCCCCAGCCUGCCCGGAAGAAGAGGAAGGAGUGUGGACAAGAGGGAGGAAUAGGGACCGGGGUGGGAAGGGGCAGCUCCAUGGGUUUGGGGAGGUAAGGGCAGCACCCUGAGAUCUCUUCUGCAAUUGGAGGGGAGUGGAGCCAGGAGGAACUGAAAAGAGUCAUUUCAGGGAAGAUAGCUUUUGGCCUUUGUAGUCUCUGGCGCCCUUCCUGACACCUGACGAUCACACACUUAAUCUUGUGCUAAAAAUCCCCAGGUGCCUUUGGGGCUGGGGAUUUUUCUGCCGCCGCUGCUGAAUUGACCAGUGGUGCAUUGGACGCUGGCUCUGGCACUCCAGUGUCCGUUGAAGGAGGGGAGCGCGGGCUCCCUGCUGGGAAAAGGCGGUGGUGGGGGUGCGGCAGGGCAGGGAGGCCCGUCCUGGAGCCUAGGCUCCGUGCUGUGAGAGAGUCCAAGUCACAGCAUUUCGAGUUCCAGCGUCUACUGGUGGGCCCUGCAUUCACCAAGAGCACACACUUGGCAUUUAGGAGAAUGGAGCCCGUUGAGAACCUUCUGGAGGUUGAAGAGAAUCCCUGCUCCCCUCUAAGAAAUCAAGAAGGACAAAGACUUUCCAAUUAAUGGGCCGUGGCUUCUGGAUGCCAUACCUGCCCCUUGGGCCCAGGCUUUUCACGUGGCCCUUUCUCAGCCCUACUGCCUUUAGGAAAGGCCUGUAGGGAAUAGGUGAGAGCGACAUUUGGCUGGCUGGGGUGCCUGCUUGCUCUUUGGGGCCGCUGUCACCCUUGGGCAUGGCACUGGUAGGCCUGAGCCAACUCAAAGAGCUCUGCUGCCUCUGUUCUCUUAAUGACAGGAGCCAGCCCAGCCUCCCCUGCCCUGCUUACGGCCCCCUCUGACCCUGGCCAGUGCCUUUCCUUUGACGUUUGUUACCUCCACACCAUCUGCCUUAAGGGGGAGGGCCUGGUACUGCCCCUACUCUGUAGGGAAAUGUGUCGGGUGGGGGGAGGGGCUAGGGAGGAGGGAGGGCAAUCAUUAAAUACAGCAUCUUCUUAGAAAACAAA